AUGGCCGUCUUCNCUGCCAAACGCUUCCGCUCGAGCUCGUACAAUGGCACUAUGCCUGCUAGGUAUCGUGCACUGCUAGCGAAACACCCUUUCGCUCUCUUCGGCCUCCCCUUCAUUGCGACAAUGGUCUUGGGCUCUUUCUUCCUGACGCCAGCAACCGCCAUCCGAUACGAAAAGCACGACCGCAAAGUCAAGCAGCUGACCAAGGAGGAAGAGCUCGGUAUCGGCAAGGACAGGCGAAGGAUUGACCUGAAAGAGGAAUACUACGUACGUAUACCGCCAUUGCUCGUCUACGUAACGCUAUCUGACUCGAAGCGCAGANGACUGGCCGCGAAAGAUCUCGACAACUGGGAGCAGAAGAGAGUCAAAAGAUUACCCGGCGAGCACGACGGUAUCCUGUAA